GUCCUUUUCAGGGCAACAGUCAAGUUAUCUGAGCGGAUUUCUACAAACUACCGUGGUAUAGUUGGUCCUGCUGUUCUUUUGGGGAUAGUAGACCUGACGAUCUCACGGCUUCUUCUGUUUGGGUUCCGGCUUAUCUGGUAGUCCUUUUCAGGGCAACAGUUAAGUUAUCUGAGCGGAUUUCUACAAGCUACCGUGGUAUAGUUGGUCCUGCUGUCCUUUUGGGGAUAGUAGACCUGACGAUAUUACGGUUAUUUAGAGUUCAACCCACGGGUUUUGGCAUUCAUGAAUGGUGACGACAAUGCUAAUAAACGUCAAAUAGUUAUUACUAGACGAGAUGAGCUUGACCAUCCUCCAGAAGUUCUGGAUCAGAAUUCAAGGAUCUGCAUCAAUUGUAAUCGCAUGGUCAUUGAAGAAAUGAAUAUGAUGGAUGCUGAUCCUGGAUCUUUGCGACUGAAUGUUGUCACGCAAACAGCAUCUCAGACUUGUAUCAUUUGUAAUAACCCAAAUGAGAUUCAUAGAUUAUUAUUAGAUUGUCGGAUUCAGGUUUACAGUUCAUCAACAGACCUUACAUUAUCAGAGGACAGCAGUUACAAGUCUUUCUUCAAGGACUUAGGAACGUCGCACUUGAUAGGGGAACAGGUAUAGACUACGAUAAGUUGACUGAUGAGGAGUUUGAGUGUUUGUCCCCAAUCAAUAAACAACAGUUUGAAGAACUCCUAACUUACUGUGAUCCUGUUGUUCAAAAUGGAAAGUUGAGGCACGUCGGCAGGACAGAUUUAUUGAUAUUCUUAUGCAAAAUGAGGCAAGGCCUGAGCGAUGAGUUUUUGAAAGUCAUUUUCAACCAAUCAAGUAGGCAAAAUGUUAGUUCUAUCAUUGAUUAUGUCAGGUCCUCGUUGCUACUAAGAUUUGUUCCAGAAAACAUACAGUACGUAUGCCUACAUUCAUAAAAGCUCAAACUUCCGCGUCUUACAACAGUCAUACUCUCUUCACAAAAACCGUCACCUUUUGAAACCAACCCUAGUAGUAGCGCCGGAUGAUUAUAUCCUAACCAUUUUCGGUCCAUAUUUUUCUGAUGCUCGAAAUAACGAUGCCGAAAUUCUUCGCGAAGAGUUCGAGAGAGAUGCUGAUACUUUGGCAAACUGGUUCCAAAAUGGUGACAUUGUUUUAGUGGACAGGGGCUAUUGCGAUGCUGUACCUUUAUUGCAACGUCUCGGUAUUGAACACAGAAUGCCUGCAAUUUGGGCAAAGACAGCUUACGACUGUAGAUGCAAAUGAUUCCAGGAUCGUAACGAAAAAUCGCUGGGUAGUUAAAGCACGUAAUGGUCAUAUAACAAAUAUUUUUAAGUUCUGGCCCAGACAAUAAAUCUAGAGCACGCGAAGCAUCUUAAUGCCUAUUAUCGUAUAGCUGGAGCUAUCAUUAAUAGAUACCACCCUGUUCUUAUAAUGCAAGGUGCAGAUGCUGUACAGGCCAGAGAGAUCAUUCGAAGAUCAAGGAUGCCCAAUGUUGUGCAAGCGAGAGUAGAGUUAGACAACUUAGUUCGGAGAAAUGGCCAGUGGCGAAGAUUGAACCAGGAAGCUGUGGUAGAUUUUCCAAUAUUUGGUUUGGACUACCUUAGAGAUCUGACUAUCGGCACUUACCAAGUGAAUCUUUCACCUUCAUAUGUUCAAGAUAAAGUAGUAAGGGAUAACGAUGAGGAAUUUCAGCUUAAUCAAAAUAUUAAUGAGCCAGGAUUCUUGCGUAUACGUUUGUAUUCAAGAUUCCGCAACGCUACCAGACACCAGAUUUUUAUAUCAUAUGCAGUCCAAGAUGUAGACAAUGAAGAUCGUCAGAAUGACGAAGAUACAAUUCUGGACUACUAUUGCAUUUGUCAAAGUGGGGCACGUACUCUAGGUACAUGUGCACACGUUGCUAGUGUAUUGUGGUAUUUGGGAUAUGCACGGCAUCAAGAAAAUAUUAGAUACCCUGAUGAUUCAUUACUGAAUACUACAUCCGAUGCUGCGAACCGAGUGGAAUUAGGAUAUAGAACAUCUAGAAAACGGCUAACUACAACACAACGAAGAGCUCUCGGGAGAGAGAUUCGAAAGCACGAGUUAGGAUUGCCAAAGGACAAGUAUGAAAAUGGAUUAAAAGAGAUAUCCAAGCAGAAUAAAAUAGAGUUAGCUCGUCCGAUAGAGAUUUGGUCAACACCAAAAGAUGAGGUACAGGGUCCACCCAAACAACCUGCACCUUCAUCAAGUAACUUGCCUACAACAUUAGAAGAAAAGGUCACCCAAUUUCGAAGAUGUUUAUGUCGACAUUUUGUUAUCCCGGAAAAAUGUGUUCGUUGUCAACAAACAUUUAGGAGGGAAUACAAAAUACCGUUUUGCGAAAAUCAAAGAUUAAAAAAAAAGCAUAAUAUUAAAGACGCUGUUAUUAAAAUUGCAAAAAGUGACGAGAAACUUAAAAUACUGAAGGAUGGUACAAAAGUAAACCCGGAGGUUUACGAAGUUUUACAAAGAUCCUUGCGCGCGAUUAAAAAAAUUAAGAUACAAAAGAAAUCUUCAGAGCCUCCUUCUAUCCCCAAAGCUCUUUUGAAUCCGCCUUUACCACUGAUAAAAAAAAAUAAUGUAAAUUGUAAGGCUUCUCCCAAUUUAUCCUCUGCUAGUGAGCCGUUAUCUAGAGUAGACAAAUUUUUCGCAUUAAUAAAAGAUUAUAAGAAUUCCUUAAUUAAGUUGUAAUUACUUAACAAUUUGUCAACAUAAAAUUAUGUAAAAAUAUAUAAAUACUUGUAAUAUUUAGCAAAAUAAAACACCAAA